AUGGAGCGUUCCCAGAAAAAGUCGGCAGCUUCUGUGGAUCCUGUCACUGCAAGCACGAGACCAUUGAAGAAGGUCCGCUUCUCCAAGACCAACAGCAUGUUCACGGACAGCUUCGAAGACGCCAACGCCAUGGCUGCCAUGGUCAACUUCUUCAGACCCAGCAAAUAUGCAUCACUACCCCGGGACCCCGAGAAAGAGGCACAGAGCAAAGCACUCUCCUCAAUCUCGGAAGAGUCAGGCUCGGAAACGGGCAGCGAGACUUCAGCAGAGACUGUUUGCGAGGUUGGACUGCCUGCAGCAGAAAACGAACAUAGCCCUGUGAGGGCUCGCAUCAUCUCAGACGCCAUUAUCGGGCUCUCAGACGGGCUGACAGUGCCCUUUGCGCUCACCGCAGGCCUGUCCGCACUGGGAGACACCAAGGUGGUCGUCUUCGGCGGCCUGGCCGAGCUUAUUGCCGGAGCCAUCUCAAUGGGGCUGGGAGGUUACCUGGGAGCGAAGAGCGAAGAGGACUCAUACAAAGCCACGCUGCGGUCAACGCAGUCCAGAGUCCUCGAUCCCAACAGCAACCUGGCGUCCGAGAUCACCUCCGUUUUCGCACCUUACCAUCUCCCCCCAUCAACACUGAAGGACUUUACACAUCAGCUCAUCACCUCAAACAACCCGGAAAUGGUGGUUGACUUCCUGAUGCGCUUCCAGCAGGGCACUCCUGAGCCAGCGGCCAGCCGGGCGGUCAUCUGCGCCUUGACGAUCGCGACCGGCUAUUUUCUCGGAGGCUUUGUGCCUCUUCUCCCAUACUUCUUUGCCUCAAAUGUCACACAAGGCCUCAUUUGGAGCAUCAGCGUCAUGAUCCUAGCCCUCUUCGUAUUCGGAUACGUCAAGACGGGCAUGACUGAUGGUUUCAGAGGUUGGAGGUGCGUGCGCCGCGGCCUCAAGGGAGGCGGGCAGAUGGUCAUUGUGGGAGGUGCCGCCGCAGGGUGCGCCAUGGCUGUAGUGAGAAUGUUCAACUCGGUUGAGUUUUGA